AUGGAGCGCCCCGGUUUUCCCCAUGGGCAGCUGCCUCCACGAGCGCGAGAUGAAGAUGUUCAUAGUAAGGCCAAAAUCUUGUCCUGCGGUGGCAUGAUUGGCACAUCUAUUCUUUUCCCCUUGGCCAACGGCGAAGGGAACUCCUUCCGUACCAUCACACUCAUUCUGUUCAUCAUCACGGCUAUUGCGUUCCACGCAAUCUAUACAGAGCCGUUCAUUAGAUCUGGACCUUCCACGGCCCCAGUUGCCUUGGUCCUAUUAUUGCUUGUUGUCAUUGCCGCAGGCCCUACUAAGAAGGACCUGGUGCCUUGGCUUCCGCUCUUCGUAACAGCCUGGAGUCUUGUCACUCUUAUGAUUAACAAGCACAUGGCAACCGCGUCACCACACCUGUCAAUAUCAGCCGACUAUCCCUUUACAGGCGUCACAAUUGGAGCUGCAACGGAGCGGUCCUUCCGGUCCAUGUCCAGUCAGGACAGGCGCCAGCCCCAGUUUGAAUCCAACCGCCAAAACCCAUUGUACUUUGGACGACAUGGUCCACCCUCCAGGUAUUCCCAGAGGACAAGCACAAUGAGUUCAGACAUUUCUCUUUCCAGCAUGCCAGCGCAACGCCAAGAGCACUGGGAUCCUCACACCCAGGCCUUUUUUGACAACCAGGAGAUGCAGGAACUUGCCCGGGAUUUGCCAGAGCCCACUCUUCCUAGGACUCAGCAUGACCAAGAGAGUGACUUGAACACAGAAACUGAGACUCAAACGUCAGAGACGGCCCGCUUCUUGCUUGGUCGUUAAUAAACAGCCGCGUGCUCUGUUUAGUCACAGCUUGUUUAUCUCUUUGGUUUCCUUCUUUGCUUCUUCUCCGUUUCUACAUUCUUCACGCCAGGUCCGGGCCGGUUUUACCUACCCUGGCAAUCCACACCGUCCGCUGGAAUCAACCGGAUGAAUAUGCACUAAUUAUUACCUUGAACACAAGGCCAAGGACACAGCAACACUUUCAUCCCCGAGGCCUAUCAUCCCUUUCACAUCAUGGACGGCACGAUCAUCGACAUAUUUGUGGGAUGUACCAAAAGCUGUCCCACCAACCCACACCUUCUGAAAUUUGCCGGGUCUUUUACUGUACUCGGGCUCUUCCUUGCACGAUAGAUUGGGUGGCUUUGUCAUAUUCCUCCUCUCUCGCCGUCUCAGCCAUCACCAUCCCGCACACGUACAUGCACAUGGCACAUAGGGUCCGACACCCGAGCAUAUCACCAUAUUGCCUAUACAACUGGUUCCGGUGUUAGAGUACGACGACGAGCGUUUUUCUGUCGCAUAGGAGGUAGCCAUGAUUUCUUGUCCUUUGAGCGAUAUCAUUCCCCCCAUUUUUUUCAUUUACGGUGUUGCCUCUACAUAGAGAGCAUGGGCGGGAACCACAGCCAUGCGGGAUCAUUUAUUAUACGUUUUGAGGGAAAGGGAACAGUUCAGUUUUUCUUUUCAUCAACAUCAUCAACUUCAUCAACAUCAUCAACAUCAUCAAUAUUAUCAUCAACAGCGAGCGGCACCCCAAACAAACAACAACAACAAAAGUUUUUCAGUGGACGUCUUGUCAAAAACAUGAGACGCAAUCCACGCUUCGACCGAUCGACACCAAUUAUCUCGGACACGAAGAACAACAUGGCAUGGCAUGAAAUGACACCAACACUAAUGAAAGGGACAAAUCGUUCCCAAAUAAUUUUAUCAUGAUGAAAAUCUCAAGAAGAAAUCUUGUAUAUAGAACAUGCCAUGAACAGAAACAGAACCUUGUAUAUAGCUUACAGACAUCAGCGGGGGUACACCAACACACACACACACACAUAAAGGCAACACGGAAAAG